AAAAAAAGUUAAAAAAAUUAAUUAAAUGUUAAGAUAGAGGUUAAGAUGAAGACUAAUGAGGGGAGAUCUCCUCUAUUAGAAAUGGCAGAUUAUUUUGAACUUUCAUCAUAUGCUAAACAAGUUUAUAAGGGAUGUCUUGAAUUUCUACCUAAAUGUGUUACACAAGAUGAUAUUCAGAAUAUGCUUAAAAAUAAAAGUAUUGAGGAAUUGGAGAAGAUAAUUAAUGAACUUCUUGGGAAGAGGUUGAUAGAUGCAUUUGUGCAAGGAAAUCAAUUGGUAUAUAAAGCGGUGCAAAAAGAGGAGGCGAAAAAAAUUUCUACAAUGGAUGGAGAUGAAGCAAUGGUAUUUAAUUAUAUAAAGGAUGCGAACAAUGAUGGAAUAUGGAGUAGAACUAUAAAAAUUAAAACGAAUUUGCAUACGACGGUUUUAAAUAGGGCAUUAAAAAGUUUAGAAUCAAAACAGUUAAUUAAAGCGGUUAAAUCAGUUAAAAAUCCAACACGGAAAAUAUUUAUGAUUUAUGAUUUAGUUCCAUCGAUUGAGCUCACUGGUGGGCCAUGGUUUACAGAUCAAGAAAUGGAUUUAGAAUUUAUAGAACGAUUGCAAGGUGCUUUAUAUAGAUAUAUAUUGUCACAUUCCUAUCCAAAAUCCUCAGAUGGUUUAUUUCCACCAUCAUAUUCUGGAUAUUUGACUGCCCAGCAAAUUCAUUCUUGGCUUAAAAAUAGUGGAAUAACAGAAGUAGACCUUGAAUUAUCGGAUGUUGUAAGUUUAUUAAAUGUUCUUGUUUAUGAUAGGAAAAUUGAAUAUUGUUUAAACGGCACUGCAUUUAAAGCUUUACGUAAACCCACUUAUAAAGAUAUUUAUGAAUCUACGGAAUCUGCAUGUGAUUUUUGUUCACUAGAUAACACUUAUUCUAAAGAAAAAAACUUAUCUACUAAUUCUUGUAUUUAUUUUCGUUCUUGGUUUGAUAAUAAUAUAUAAUUUGGAUGAUAUUUAAAUGAUUUUUAAUAAUAUAAAAAU